ACAGCUGCUGGAUGGUUUAGCUGGGGGUACUGGUGUCGUACCCCUAUUUUGGGACCCCCCCAAUUGUUGUUUCAGUCGAAGGAAGACCUGAAUCGCUGGAGCAGUGUGUCAGCGGUGGAUCUUUUUGAGGCAGUUCUGGCCAUGCUGCAAACGACACUUCGAUCUGCAGGCGCACAGACACUUCCCUGGACCUGGACCAUCUCUGUCGAUACUGCGGAGUCGCGCACUCGCCGCGAGGACCUUCGUGACCUGGAGAACAUGGCCAUUCAGGCUCGUAUGAUGGGAGGAGGAGAAUUUGUGGAUGAAGCAAGGGAACAGGCAGAUGCCGACAGGAAGAAGCAGCGUGAAGAAUGGCUACGAGGUCUAAGGAAGUUGGGACAAGAAGGUUUUUCCAGGAAGGCCCCAGAUGCUGCGGUAGUGCGCGAUGGGCAUCUGCACAUAGGAGAUGUUCGUUGCCCAUUGCGCAAGCCGACUAGGCCGGAGCUGGUUCCACACGUCUCUUUUGUGGACAUCCCGCAGCAGAUGGAGAUUCUGAAGGACAUGCUAUUGGAUUGGUCCUUGGGUCAUCACUUGCUUCUCGUUGGCAAUCAGGGAGUUGGGAAGAACAAACUCACUGACCGCUUGCUCGGUCUGUUGCAGUGUGAGCGCGAGUAUGUCCAACUGCAUCGGGACACCACAUUCCAAAGUUUGACCCUAGCUCCAAGCUUCAAAUCUGGUGUGGUGGUGUGGGAGGAUUCGCCCUUGCUUCGAGCUGUCAAGUAUGGGCGUUGUUUGGUAGUUGAUGAAGCCGAUAAGGCUCCAGUGGAAGUGGUCUGUGUUCUAAAGGCCCUGUCUGAAGAUGGUGAGCUAAGCCUCUCUGAUGGCCGGACCAUCGUAAGACCGGACAGCCCCGCAAAACAUGGAAACGUAGUGCGGAUGUCACCAGAUUUCCGGCUCGUGGUCUUGGCGAAUCGACCAGGAUAUCCAUUUAUGGGUCACGACUUUUUCAAGCUCUGCGGCGAUGUCUUCAGCUGCCACGUGGUCGACAAUCCAGAUAUCGCCAGCGAAGUGGCGCUGCUGCGGAGCGUUGGUCCUGACGUCCCCAAAGACAAAGUGCUGCAGCUCUCUGUCCUCUUUGCCGAAUUGAGAGAGAUGGUGGAGUCGGGUCAAUUGGCCUAUCCCUACUCCACCCGAGAAUUGGUGAAAUUGGUGGCGCAUGCGCAGCGCUUUCCGCGCGAUCCCACGGAGGAGUUGGCUGCCACCGUGUUUGCCUUUGAUCUGGCGGAUCAGAAGAAACGGACGCCACUGCUGGAGGUUCUGCAACGCCAUGGGAUCGCUACCACAGAGGCAGGCAUUCAGCUCCUGGAUGGCUACGGUCCGUCAACCGGAGACAUGCGCCUUCGUUUGGAUGACGGUCGAGACAAGUCCAAGGAUGUGGUCAACCAGGAUAAUCCUGAUGGUCAACGCCCCCCAGAAAUGGCACCUGGAGGUCCGACACACGGAAAGUGGGAUGGACAAGAACACAUUGGAGGCAAUCAAUUUGCAGGGGGAAGUGGUGGCACUGGAACCGCAGGACUGGGUGGCCGCUGGGGGCCCUACCGCCUGGAUGUGGGGCAGAAACUGGUGCAGGUCUCUGAAGAUGCCAAGCAGGGCCUGGAUGAAGCAACGAAGCGCAAGACCCAGGAGAUGGCAGAUGCAGCCUACAGACAGAGGCUGUCUGAGAUGCAGAUGUCCUUGAAGGAAGGUGAAGCAUAUGCCGCUUUGCGGGAGGCGGUUGCUUCUCAAAUUCAGGAAAUGAAGGUUUGCUUGGAAAGCCAAGAAGCCCGUGAACGAGAGCGUCAAUGGCUGAAGCACCAAACUACCGGAGAGUUGGACGAGAAUAGACUUGUGGAUGGUAUCACCGGCUGCAAGACGGUCUACAUGCGCCGCGGCCAACCGGAGGGAUUUGCCUUUGGACGCCAGCAACAUCCCAAGCGGGUCACUUUUGUCAUGGACAUCAGCGGCAGCAUGUACACCUUCAAUCGGAUUGACCGACGCCUUCAGCGCUUGCAAGAAGUAGCCACCUUCAUUUUCGAAAGCUUUGCAGGCUUUGAGGAGAAAUAUGACUACCGCAUGGUGGGACACAGCGGCACUGGACCCGAAGCUGAGCGCUUGGUGGAAUGGUCUAAGCCGCCGCGGACAGACAAGGAGCGCUUGGAAAUAGCCAAGACCAUGGAGGCUCACGCUCAGUUUUGCUAUCCUGGAGACCAUACCUUGGAGGCCACCAUGCGUGCCAUCAUGGAGAUUGGUAGCCAAGAGGCGGAUGAACGUUUGGUGCUGGUGGUAAGCGAUGCAGACUUGCAGAGGUACAAUAUCGACGUGCGGCAAUGGAACCAGAUUUUGCACAGAGAUCCUUCUGUGAAAGGAUAUGUGAUCCUGAUCUCCAACAAUGUGGACGAGGCUGAACGCAUUAAAGCCACAUUGGCACCUGGGCGAGCUCAUAUUUGCGCUGAAACAACGAGUCUCGCUAUCACCUUCAAGCAGAUCUUCAGAGAUAGCAUGUUGCGAGAUCAUUGAAAAGUCUAUUCCAGCAACAACGGUCGGUGAUCAUCAGGUUGAAGAGCCAUGGUGGUGUGUCAUAGCAGCCCGAACCAGGGUCGUCAUCAGAGGAUAGAUUCGUUGUGAAGGCAAUCCAAACUGUGGACACGGUGAUCCGAUGGAAUCCGAUGGAAUCCGAUGGAAUCCGAUGGAACAUGGUGCUCUUCCAGCCGACUGCAAGGCGAUGUGCCAGUGGCCCUUGGAAGUUGUAGAUUCGAUGAGAGAACCUCGACACGAAAGUCAUCGAAAGUCCACCGUGGCGCCAAAGUGUUUGGCUGAGCAACUGAACAGCUAAAUGUAACGGGGGACCUGAGGGCACCUGAAGUCACAUGGAUGACAGCAGAAAAACAGGAGAAGGGCACUCUGAACGCAAAGAUGUGAAGAAGUGCAGGUUACAAUAUGUUCCAGUCGUUUCAGCUUCAAACGCGGCUGCAACAAUUCUUGUUUGGGUCCCCUCUCAGUCAGAUGCUUCACCGGAGCAUGCUGCAGUUUGCAAAA